AUGGAUGAUGAUGAAGUUGUAGCUGUAUUUCCUAAUGGUUUUCGUAUUUUGGUUGUUGAUAAUGAUCUGUCAUUUCUCGAAACUGCUAAGGUGAUGCUUUCAUCAUGCCACUACAAAGUGACUACAUGCAAUAAUCCAAUUACCGCAUUAUCAAUUCUCCAAGAAAGAGAAGGGGAAUUUGAUGCGCUGUUAUCGGAUAUUCACAUGACAUUGAUGAGUGGCUUCGAUCUCCUUAAAAUUGUUGAGGGAGAAAUGGGCAUCCCUGUGAUAUUUGUGUCAGUGAAUACAAAGAAGGAUAUCAUGAUAAAGGGGAUCUUAGAAGGAGCAUGCUACUUCCUUAAGAAGCCACUCAACAUCAACGACAUCGCUAAUCUGUGGAGAGUUGUAGCUUGGAGAAAGUUCUCCACAGAAAAUAUUGGCAAAGAACAAAUUAGGGAUGAUGGAAAGGGAAAGGCUCUCGCAACCGAAAGUUCUCCUACAACCGUGAAUGAUCAGGGAGGAAGCAAUGAUUUUUCAAAGGACAAUAUUAACAAAGGCAAAAACAUAGAUAAUAUAGAUCGAAAUUCCAAGGGAAAUAAGAAGAACAAAAGUAAAAAGCAUGGAGACGGCAGUUCUUCGGAGACAAGAAAGCGGAUGAUUUGGACUCCUGAUCUUGAGGAAAAAUUCGAGAAUGCCGUCAAUCAACUUGGAAUAGAGACCCAGUCUAAGCUUGCCGAUGAAGCAUUGCCGGAACUGGUUAUUCAGUUGCUUCCCUACAAAUAUCGUAUUCGAGUAACUAGGGAGCAAAGGGAGAGAAUGAACAUUUACAUGAAUCCUCACAACUAUCCAAUAAAUCAUGCAUUUCCCAUUGCUCAACUUCCAAAUCAGCUAAUCACCUUUCCAAACCCUAGCCCUAAUCCUCCAAUGCUUUCACCACAAGUUGCUCCUCAAUAUGUUUUGAGCCCAUAUAAUUACCCUAUGCCUAACAUAAUUGAUGGGCAACCAAUUUCCAGCAAUAUUAAUCCUAACCAAUUUUUAGAAAAUCAACUAAAUAUUCCAAAUACUUCAUGGAAUGGAAUGGUUCCAGCAACAAAUAACUUAUUGCCUACUAGGGACCAAAUGAAUUACUAUAAUUUUGAUGCUUUUCCUACUACUUCAGUUGGAGAAACCAAUACUUCGAAUUAUAACAAUCAAUUCGAAGUAGCAAAUACCGCGACUAACAAUGAUGACAAUUUUUAUUACUCCAAUACAAUGCAAUACACCGAAAAAGAAAACUCUAUGUUGGCUUCUGAAUUCACUGCACCUAUGUAUAGUGAACCCCAUCCUUCUCUUGAUAUUUCUAUGACAAACUACAUGAUUGAUGAUGCGUCCACCUUUGAAUUUCUUAUGGGACUCAAUCAAUCUGAGAAUACCGCAAAUCCUGUCCAGCAGCAAAGUGGCUUUGGUGAAGUUGGAAGCUCUUCAAACAUAAAAGGAGAUGAGCUCGAUAAAUUUCUAGACGAUGUGCUUAUUCGAGAUGAUAAUGAUUAUAUAUGGUAA